AUGAAUCGAAAGACAGAUGGAGAAUUAAAAAUGAAAUUUCAAUUUAAAAUUUUCGAUGUUUUUCUUUUGAAUUCAUUGACUUUUCUAUACAUCGAUAAGGAGUGGUUGAAUUGGAAUAAAAUGAAUGAAUUGGAUUUUAUUUCAUGCGCAGUUUGUGUUUUACUCAUAUGGUUUCUUUGGCAACAACUGGAAAGAGUGAAGUUGGAGGAAGAACGAAGAAAACUUACGAAGAGUAGAAGCCAGAAAAAGAUGAAGAUAAAAAAUAAAAGUGGUAAUCGAGAAAGAAUUAUCAUUGAAGAGAAAGAAAUUAAUUUCAAAAAACCACUUCCUACUUCUUCUCCAUCAGCACUACCACCUCCUCCACCAGUUCCUCCACCACCUCCAUCACCUCAAUCUUCACUACCACCACCUUCAGCACCAGUUCCUCCACCACCUUCAUCACCUCAAUCUUCACUACCACCACCUCCAGCACCAGUUCCUCUAUCACCUCCAUCACCUCAAUCUUCACUACCACCACCACCUCCUCUUCCAUCCGAGUCAUCACCAUCUGUUUCAUUAGUAAAAACACCUCUUCCGACAUCACCAAUCGUAUCAUCGGGUCAAGUUAACCUAUCGCAAUCUUUACCAUCAUCUCCUCUUUCAAUUCCAUCAAUAGAAACAACUCUUCCGAAAACAUCAACCGUAUCACCGGAUCAAUCUAAACAAUCUGCGCAAACUUUAGACAAACAAAAUGAAAGUGGACCAGAAUGGGGUCCACUUGGUAAACAAGAGAUACGACCACAACAGCCGUGGGUAUUUGAAGGUGAAGCUAAUUAUCCACCAAAUUUCUUCACAGCAGUUAAGCAAACAAAAUAA